CGUUUGCCUACUCCUUGCUUGCCUCGCUUCGACUGUCCAUGGCAACCAGUGACGCGACCGGAAGCCCGGCGGUGUUCGCUUCGUUGUCGGAGCCGACGGCCUUCACGGCCGCAUCCGACCUUACCAUCGACUGGUCGGCUAGCAGCGGCGGCCGCGUGGCGAGGCCAUCGUCCCGGCGGCGGCCGAGGGCCUCCAGAAGGGCCCCCGUCACCAUGCUGAACACCGACACCGCCAAUUUCCGGGCGAUGGUGCAGCAGUUCACCGGCGUCCCGUCCGGUCCCUAUUCCUCGGGUUAUCGGCGCGGCGGUGGGCCGGUCGUCACCUUUGGUCGCAGUUCCAGCGAUCCGGUUCGCGAGACGGUGACGGUGUUCCCGGAGCAACACUACCGACCGCAGCAGCAGCAGCAGCAGCAGCGAUAUCAGUAUUCGGAGACAGCAUUUAGCGUUAGCAGCAACUACAGCGAUGCAUUUCUUCAAGAGCUCACCACCAAUUCCGCGAUGAGUUCGGAGACGGCUGAUGGCUUCUUGUUUGAAGGCCUAUCGAGUCAAAGCACGGUGAGGCCAACCUCUGUGAACAGCAAGCUCGAUCGUUACUUGUUGUGAGAAGACAAGGGAUCAAGAGAGGAGAAGCUUCACUAUCAUUUAGCUUUUUCGGUAUCAAAGGAAUUGAUGGUCAAUGGUCAAAAAUCAAAGAAGGAACUGAGAAUAUAUAUAUAUAUAUAUAUAUAUAUAUAUAUAUAGCUAAUGAAACAUAUUCUUGGUUUACAUUCUUCCUCUUUCCCACAAAAUAUAUAGCUGUGCCAAAAAUAUAUUUCAAGAUAAAUAUUAUUAGAAUAAUAAUCAAAAUAAUGAUUGUUUUUGGAGAAGUAUGUGAACUCUGUAAUCUUGAGGAAAUAGUUAGAAGAAGGUUGGGUUACUGUGA